CAUUAUUUUCGUUUCGAAUACAAUCAACAACGAUAAACUUAUAAACAAAAUGUAUCAAUUGAAAUCGAUCACUUUUUUCACUACAAUAGUGGCAAUUUUUGUAAUGGUCGAAUCAGCAUCUCGACAACCAAAUCAACGUGAUCAUCUUCAUUGUAAAAUGGAAUAUUUUAAUGAAUGGGAAGAAAUGAUGCAAACAGCCGAUCCAUAUGCCGUUGUUGAAUCAUUCCAUGAUAUUCAUGGAUCACCUUGUAAAACACCAUGCCGUCUCCGUUCACCAUCAAAUCCAGCAUUGACAACUGUUUUAGGUGAACGAAAUUCCCCAAAUUAUGAAACUUGUGGUUCACAAAAGUUUUGCUUCGAAGGUACCUGCGUAAGCAAACGUUUUCAAAUCUAAAAAUCGGA